GAUCGCUCAGCCCAGCCCAGCUCACUCUCCAUCUCCCUUUAACCGCAGAUCACACACAUCAGUCAGUAUCUCUCUCCGACUCUCACCAGCUUAUCACCCUGCCAGUAAAUAGCACACACACACAGGCUCUGUAUAACAGUAAGAGAUACAUCUACAAACCAAAAGCCAAGACACAAAACGAAGCAGGCUGCUGUCGGAGUCCCUCAUCCUUCUUUCGGUGAGGAUAAUUGUCACCUUCUCCUCGGAGAUGAAGUGAAGAGUUUGCAGAGGUGACUGAAUGGAAAAGUUUUAAGAGGGUUUGUUUUGGAAACCCCCAUCCCUUCCUCCCAGGGACUGAGGAGGGGUACAAGUCUGCCCAGGUUAAUGAGACAAGAGGAUUCUGAGGAAGUGAAGAGAGCGUGGCGUUGCUGAUAAUCUUCAGCCUUGAAGACCAGCACAAGAUGCCGCUGCUGCUGAUGUUGGGAGGAUUUAAAAUCGAGGAGUGUCACUGAAACCUUUGUGUUUAGAGCAAGACAAGAGAUGCUUGAGGACAAUCCUGGGAAGUUACCAACUCUACGCAAACUCACAGAAGACAUUCUUCAAAGCUGUUGGUUUUGUGUGAUAACAGAAGUAAUGGGCAUCUUUUAGGUCAUUUUCAAUUUGCAAGACCGAGGUAUUCAGACGGAUGACUGGAAACUACUUACAAAACAUGGGCAAGUGGCUAAUUGUGCUGGCUGUGUGCCUGAUAACAAUCUGCGGACAGGUCAGCCUGGCCUCAACCCAUCAUCGAAGCCACUCAGUUGUUCAUGUUAAAGCGGGCACAUGUGAAGUGAUCGCUGCGCAUCGCUGCUGUAACAAGAACAAGAUUGAGGAACGCUCACAGACUGUCAAGUGCUCCUGCUUCCCUGGGCAAGUAGCAGGAACAACACGGGCAGAUCCAUCGUGCGUUGACGCCUCGAUUGUUGUCCAGAAGUGGUGGUGUCACAUGGAACCAUGUUUGGAAGGUGAAGAGUGCAAGGUUCUCCCAGACCUGAGUGGCUGGAGCUGCAGUACUGGAAACAAAGUCAAAACCACCAAGCUACUUAUGUCCGAACGGGAAUCUCCUUGGCUCCCAAAGGGACGUCAGAAAUGACAAGGAAACCCAAGGCACUACAUGGGAGAGAAGGAUGCAUCAAAAGGACCCUGGUGAUGGGUAAAUACAGGCUGCAAUGGACUCCUCUUGGUCAUACCCUACUAAGGCCGCUGGACACUGGGUUCAUCAAAAGUUCAGCUUCCUUCCAGCGCAAUCAACCUGACACAAGAGAAAGAGAGACCUCCCUCCUCCAGCUUUGUCAAAAAGGCACGUGCUCCCCUCUCCCUUUGCCCUGUCCUUUGUCUUCAAAGCAUCUCAGUUCACACCAGUCUUCAUGUUAAGCAUCUUCAAAAGGAAAGAUAAUGAGUCGACUGAAAGAAAACUUUGGCUUUUGUUUGCCUCUUUGCAUCCAAUUCCAGACAGCGACCACAAUCUUCUGGUUUCAAACUGCUUGAAGUGUGAGUCUCCCUGGAGCAAUGCCAUUAACCACCAUGGCGAGGGGGGGGUGGUAACUGAACAGCAAUAUUUCCCCAAGGCACAGGCUGUAUGGGACGUGGCUGUAAAUGCUGAAGCUUGGAGUUUAGCAGAUGACUAACCAAUACCAUUGCACAGGAAGGUGAUUUAACAAUUCCCCAUUGGCUACACCUGACUGACUCCAAUUCAUGGCUCCCUCUGAAGGCUUUUACUGAACAGUGUGCUGAGCCGGGCUUACUGCUGUACGCUUCCUGGAAUCCUUCAUCUUUUGGGAUCAGAAGCCCUGGGCUCUUUGUUCAAUUGCUCCAUCAUUUACUGACACUGCAGAAAUGCUCAUCUGUAUUUUUAUCAGGGGCCUCCCUGAUUGGCUCCUUGUGACUCUGUAGCCAAGAUUGAGGAAUGAAAACUAACCAGAUCUUAUGACCUUCUGUAAUCCCCUCAGUUAGAUUGUAUCAUAUCUGUACAAAUUCAGAGUCAAUACAUGUUUGUGUCUGAUAAAGAUAAUGCCUUGUGUUUUCACUUUCUUGCUGUUGGUUUCUAACUGCGGUUACUCUCUGAUCAGACUUUACUGAGCAAAGAUCUGUGGCAGCUAUUUCUGUCCUGGGUACAGCACUGAACUGACUCUCAUCAAAGUCAUGAUUGACAUCCCUUCCUGUGGGUCUAACUCUGAGUCACUCCCCCCUUAUUGGUCCAGGUGGCACACAGAAACAGAACCUGCUGGAGAAACUCAGUAGGUCCAGCAGCGUCUCUGGAAAGAGAGGGCAGAGUUUACAUUUCAA